AGCCGAAGGACGACAAAAAGAGGAAACAGCGACUCAUGCGUUUUCGAAUCCCGUUAUGCAACGGAAGUGAAUUCCACCGAGUUCCGUAUAGCUAGUAGUACCCGGACUUCGUGCAACACAGCUGCAUGUGCAGUUGAUGUCUAGUACCCCGCCUUUUAAUGAGACUCGAUGAUCGUGAUGGGAAUCGUGUACUCAACCAUUGCCUCAACUACUGACGUGAACAGCACAGCAGAGUGCCAGGGCAAGUAAAGAUAUCCUUUUCCUUUUCAUCCGUCAUCAUCCGCCUGCUCGAACCUCGCUAGAUAAUAUUAGACCAACUCAGCACACCAAACAGCAUCAUACCAAACAAGCAUACAUACCAACACCCGAACCAGAACGAACCGCUACCAACCAUGGGCGACUCUACUACUCACCCCCAACGAACGAUCUACGGCCGCCCUCGCCUUCUCGACAUCCAAACUACCGUCCCCGACCCACGAAUCCUCUUCAUGAAAAACGUCUUCAUCCAUCUCAAAUCCUCCCCGUUCCCCAUCCGCGCCAACGUCUACCUCCCCAAAGAACCCCAACCAGAUAUUGAAAAGAAAUACCCAGUCAUAGUAACCUACGGCCCCUACGGCAAGGACAUCCCCUACUCUUCAUUCCACCCGGGUUCCUUCGCCGAGGUCAACGCCGAGCAGCGGUCCGAGUUCUCCGCCUGGGAGACGCCCGAUCCGGUGUACUGGUGCGGCCAGGGGUACGCGGUGGUGCGGGCGGACGAGCGCGGGACGGGCCAGAGCCCGGGGUUGUUGGAUACGAUGAGCAGGGACACGAGCGAGUGUUUCUGUGAGGUGAUUGAGUGGUGUGCGGAGCAGGAGUGGUCGAAUGGGAAGGUGGGGUUGUUGGGGGUUAGUUAUUAUGCUGGUUCGCAAUGGCGAGUCGCUGCUCGUCGACCGAAAGGCUUAGCGGCCAUCAUCCCCUGGGAAGGCAUGUCGGACUACUACCGUGAUCGGUGUCGACAUGGCGGAAUCCUUUCUAACAACUUCAUCGAUAUCUGGUGGAACCGGCAGGUGCUGGUUAACCAGUAUGGCUUGCCCGGCCGCUCCAAACUGGAGUUCCCACCUGACGGACCCGGCGCCAGGGGCCAGGAAGAUACGAUCGAAGGUGACCUGUCCGAGGAACAGUUGGCAGCAAACAGGAACGACCAGACCAAAGACAACGAGGCGCACCGGUUCCGCGAUGAGGAUUAUUACGCCAGCAAGGAGUAUCGACUUGAAGACAUCGAAGUUCCUGUGCUUAGCGUGGCGAACUGGGGUGGCAUCACGCUCCAUCUGCGCGGGAACGUGCUGGGUUAUAUGUAUGCCGGAUCAAAGUUCAAGUAUCUGCGUUUCAUCACCGGUCGACACGAUCUUCCGUUCUACUAUAAGGAGCAAGUUGAGCUCCAGAAAAGUUUCCUUGAUGCCUUUCUCAAGGGAGAGGACAGGGUCGGCUGGAGUGUCCCGGACAAAGUCUCUCCAAUCGAGAUAACGCUGCGCAAAGGUAAUAUCGGGUUCAAUGAUGCAGAGAAGGAGAAAGCGUACGAGAAAAGGUCAGAGGGCCAAUGGCCGCUUAAUUCAACAGAGUAUACAGACUUCUAUCUUGGAUCUGAUCACACUCUCUCCCGGAACAAGCCAAACCCGACCACGCCAAAGCAGAUCGGAUACAAAGCUCUCGGAAGCCUGGACAAGCCUGAGCUGGUACAGUUCAUCUCGGCACCCUUCGAGAAAGAGACCGAGAUAACCGGCCACAUCGUGGCGCACUUGAAUGUCUCGGUGACACCUGAGAACCCGCAGAACGAGGCAGACAUUGACCUCUUCCUGACCAUUCGCCAUAUCGACCCUUCGGGGAACGAAGUGUUCUACACCGGAACGGCGGGUGACCCCGUCCCUGUCUGCAAAGGCUGGCUCCGAGUGAGCAACCGAAAGGUCCACGAGGAGAAUCCCAAGCACAAGCCGUGGCUUCCUUAUAGAGAAUACUUCUCGGCGGAUGUUCUUCCCGUUAAGGCUGGGGAGGUGUACGGCGUUGACGUUGAGCUCUGGCCAACCAACGUGGUGGUGGGCGUAGGUGGUAGGAUUGUGCUUGAGGUUGCCAGUGGCGACACGCAAGGAGCUGGGAUCUUCCAGCACAACUCUGAGACAGACAGACCCGGUUCCAAGUUUGCUGGCCAGAACCAUAUCCAUUUCGGAGACGGCUUUGACAACUAUGUCACGCUGCCGAUAAUCCCAGAACUCAUCUAA